AUGCCGAUACGCAUCACCAUCUCCAACAACGCCAAGCAGUCGCAGAAGGCUGUCCUCAUCCUACCGUUAGCCUCACUUGACCCCGCGGCGCCGGAUUCUUAUCGUGCGCUUGUACUCAAGGCCGCGCAGAACAAAUUACAGAUCAGGAAGGCUAGCCGGAUCUUCGUCGGCGGCACAGGACAAGAGCUUUGCACGGAGGAUGAGUGGAAAAGUGCGCUGAGGGACGAUGUAACGCUGCUCAUUUCGAAGGGGGAGGAGUACGUUGGGCUAAGGAAGGAGGUUGCGCAAGGCGGCAGCGAUGAUGGCAUACCGAACCUCGAUUGCACGGUCAAUAUCCUCGCGCACGCCGCAUCCGUCGACUCUCUCUCAGUAACUCAGGUCGAGACCACCGCGCGAACCUUGCCCGGCCUCAUCCAUGCUGUCGGACAGCCGGACCUCCAUCCCGGCACCAAGUUCCCCAUCGGCGCGGUCUUCGUCUCCAAGGGAUGGAUACACCCACCGCUCAUCGGCGGCGAUAUCGGGUGCGGCAUGGCAUGGUACAAAACGAAGCUGAACCGCAACCAGGUCGACGGAGACAAGGGGCGGAAAGUUGCCGAGAAGCUGCGGGGGCUGGAAGGCGCGUGGCGGUCGCAGCAAGAGCGGGAGGUCUGGUUGGCGGACGGGAAGGAGGAGUAUUCAGCGGGUCCGGAGUGGGAUGCUGCACUCGGUACCAUUGGAGCUGGAAACCACUUCGCGGAGAUCCAGGUUGUGGAGGACGCUGUAGCAGCCGAGACCGGACUUUGUCCUAACGAUGUGGUGUUGCUUGUCCACUCUGGCUCGCGCGGAUAUGGCGGAAACGUGUUGAAGCAAUACGUCUCGGACACGAGCCCGAGCCUCAGAGAGGACGCCGUGAAAGCGAAGGACUACAUGAAAGAGCACGAUCGGGCUUGCAACUGGGCGAAGGCGAAUAGGGACCUGAUCGCGCUCCGCUUCUUGUCGUGUCUCGAACCCGGCGAGGAGACAUGGGGGCUAGGGCGGAACACAGAUGAGCAAAACUCAACCGACUUCGAUAAACUGGUCGCCCGAACAAAAGCCAAGCUGCGCGAACGCAAAGUAGUCGAUAUAUGGCACAACAACGUGGAGCGCAUUCGCUGGCCUCCACGGCCGCCACCAGCCAUUGAGUCGUCACCAGAAGAAAUAGCAGACCGCACGGAAUCGCUGUCCCUUGAUGAGGGCGCUGCAUACGCCUAUGUUCACCGCAAAGGCGCAGCGCCUACAUACGAUCCUCAGACGAACAAGCCGCUCACUAUUCUACCCUUGCCCGGUUCACGCGGCACGCCAACAAUAAUGCUCCGGCCCGUGUUCUCACAAGCCACGCAGUAUGGCUACAAGAAUGCUCUUUCGCUCGCUCACGGCGCCGGGCGAGCCAUGUCGCGCACUAAGGCCCUCACGUCAAUCAACCAGAAGUACGCAGGCGACUCCGCGUCGCUCUUGCAGCCGAACGCUUCAUCGCAAGCACAUGUGAAGGACGGAAAGAAUGUACGCGGCGGCACGUGGGUGAUCUGUGACGAGAAGGAUCUGGUGUGGGAAGAGGCGCCGGAGGCAUACAAGGACGUGUAUGCGGUGGCUGAGGAUCUGGUUAGGGAGGGGGUUGCAGAGGUGAUAGGAUGGUGCAGGCCGAGGGUCAGCUACAAAGUCAGGAAUGGGGGAAGGUAG